CACACUUCUCUCUUCAGCUCAACAUCACACUUCCAAAAUAUGACUGAACACAAUGAGGAGGUCCGGAUUGUUCUGGUGGGGAAGACUGGAGCAGGGAAAAGUGCAGCAGGAAACACCAUCCUGGGGAGAAAGCCUUUUGAGUCAGUAAUGUCAUCUAAUUAUGUGACAUCAACAUGUGAUAAGAAAAGAGGAAAGGUGGGGGGUCAAAGUGUAGCUGUUAUCGACACACCAGGCUUGUUUGACACUGAGUUAACACAGGAGGAGGCACUGAACAAGAUCACACAGUGCAUCUCUUUCUCCGCUCCUGGUCCCCAUGUGUUCCUGGUUGUGAUUGAGCUGGGAAGAUUUACUAAAGAGGAGCAGAAAACUGUGGAGAUUAUUCAGGACAUAUUUGGUGUUGAAGCAUCAAAAUACUCCAUGGUUCUCUUCACACAUGGAGACGAUCUUGUUGAUGUAACAAUUGAAGACUUCCUGCAUGGAAAUCCCAAACUGGAAAGUUUAAUUGCCAAAUGUAAUGGGGGAUAUCAUGUCUUCAGUAACAAAGAUCAGAAUCCCUCUCAGGUCAAUGAGCUUCUUAAGAAGAUAAACAAGAUGGUGAAGGUGAAUGGAGGAAGCAAUUACACCACUGAGAUGUUCCAGGAGGUUGAGAGAGCAAUUGAAGAGGAGAAAGAGAGGAUCCUGAAAGAGAACAGAGAGAAGAGACUCAGAGAGAUGGAAGAACUGAAGAAGAAGUUUGAAGGAGAGCGUUUAAGGGAAGAAGAAGAGAAGCUGAGGAGAAAACAGGAAAGAGAAGCGAGAGACAAAGCUGAAAGAUUAAAGAAAGGUGCCAUAUACGGGGCGGUUGUGGGAUUAGUUGGAGGCCCAGUUGGGUCUGCAGUUGGUGCAGCAUUGGGAGCUGGAGUGGCAGCUAAAGUAAAUGCAUGCAGUACUCAAUGAGAGUCCGUAGCUAACAGUGCUGUACGUUCUACAAGUUGUUUGACUUUAUUAUUUCAUGCUGAAAGCUUCCUCUAUAUACACCGAGCAUACCAAACAUUUGGAACACCAUCUUAACAUUGAGAACUGAUAUAGAAUAUGAGAGUGAAAGUUGGCCUUGUCUUCCCUAUCAACCUGGAGAAGGACCUAAAUACAUUUUAACUGGAACACUUCAGGGCAGCCAAGCUCUUCAGACAAGCCAGAGAACCCUAGAGUUUAACUCAUAUCUUCUUUCACAAUUUACAGGAAAGGAUCCUUGGAAACAUAUUUUAGUCGUCACUACUUACAGCAUGAACAUAACGAUAGAUCUGGGU